AAAAUUGCAAUAAUUUAAAUAAAAUUUAAUGAAAUUAUUACAGCAAUGCUGCAAAAGAAAUGUCAUUAUAGUAAUUUGUAAUUUGUGUUAAAUUACUACCCAACACUAAGUAUUACUGUAUUGGUGAUUGGAUCCUAGACUACUGUCCCAUACUCCAAAACAGAACAAACGAUUGAGAGAGAUUUAAUAGAGGUAGACAACUUAAAACCUAAGCAAAUACUCUCGACAAAGCCUAACAAUGUAAGUGCUUAAUAGCACUCUAAUAGCUGAUUAGAUAAAGUCAUGCCAGUCUUGGGCGGAUGAUUCACAUUUCCAAUUACCAAGUCAUUAUUUGUACAGUCAAACGUGAUCACAGUUGAUUGAAUUGUCAUCAGUCUGACCUCCGACAGUUGAUUUUCACAGAAUAUAUCAAAUAUCUGUUUGAAAUUACAAUGGGUGUGCAAAAUGUACAGAUAAUUUUUGAUGAUCCAUCAGCAGUAUUUACGCCUGGCCAAACCAUUACUGGACGAGUUUUAAUUGUGAUUAGUAGUUUAGUGAAAAUCAAAAAUAUAAAAUUGAAAUUCCAAGGAGAAGCUUAUGUCAGAUGGACUGAAACCAAAUCUCAGACUCGGACUCGUCAUAAUAAUCAAAGAGAAAACCAUUCAGUUAGUUAUUCUGCUAGAGAAGAAUAUUUUAAAAAUAAAUUUUUUCUGGUUGGUGCGAAAGGUGAAUCACAAUUAGAAGUUGGUGAAUAUGUCUAUCCAUUUAAUUUUUCUUUACCAGAUGAGUUACCAUCAACAUUUAAAGGUGUUCAUGGAAAAGUAUUAUACAUAGUAAAAGUCAAAAUUAAUAUACCUUGGAGAACGAAUAUAGAGAAAGAAAUAAUGUUUGAAGUUAUUUCUCCUGUACAUUUAAAUAAUGAACCAUCAUUAGCUAAACCCAAGACAGCAUUAAAAGAAAAGUAUUACUGUUGCUGUUUAUGUAAAUCUGGCCCGAUGACGUUGAUUGCCCAUAUUCCUGUUAGUGGUUUUAUACCUGGACAAUCUAUACCGGUAACAGUUGAAUUGGAUAAUAACAGCAAUGUGGAUGUGGAUACUAUUAAAAUAAAGCUGGAUAGAACUUUGGAAUAUAGAUCAGAGUUCCCUAGUACUAAAAUAAACUAUGAACACAAUGAGAUUGUAAACGUAUAUAUAGAUGGUGUAGAAAAACACAAUUCAAAAACAUGUGUGGAACAACUUCAAAUUCCGAAUGGUUUAACGAUACCCAAUUUAAAACAUUGCGAAAUUAUAACUGAUAAAUAUUUCCUAAAUAUUGAGGCUCAUGUUAAAGGUGCACAUUUAAAUGAAGUAGUUUCUAUUAAAAUAAAAUUGGGUAGUACACCAUUGACAAUAGCUAGCAAUGAUCGUCAAUUUGAUAAUUCUUUUCAACCAUCAAAUCCUUUACCGUCUGUGGGUGUUAAUGAGCCAAUUUUGGUUCCUGGAUAUGCUCAACUAGUUGUUCCAAGUAACCAAUUAUAUACUGUGCCUCAGAAUGCAUCUUUUCACAAUCCAGAAAAUGGGAUGACUUUUAUACAAAACAUUCAACUUUCUGAAUUCCCAAAUCCACCACCACCGUACCAAUUUUCAGAGGAUCCACCAGAAAUAACGUCUACGAUUCCAAUAACUUCUAUUGAGAAAUUUUAGAUGGUGAUCUCGAACUAAAAAUGGUGUUAGUUAUUUUCAAUGAUCCCACUACCCACUUGUGAUAAGCAUUGACAAAGACCUUGAGUUCGUUUCAAUAAACAAAUACAGAAAAAAAAAUUAAUUUUGAACAAUGUUUUUGAGAUAUAAUAAACAUUUAUAUGAUAAUCAAUCAUAUCAAUUUGAUGAUUAAAUUAUAUAAUCAAAUAAUAAAACUUUCAUCAAUAAAAUCCAUUCAUCUUGAAAAUUAUUUUGAAUUUGAAUACUUUAAUUGUUAAUUAAUAAAUAUUAGGUAUUAUUGGUUAAUAAAUAGUUAUGUAUAACACAAACAAGUUUCCAUAUAGUAAUACAAUUAAUAAUUAGGAAAUGUGUGAUAAAAAACUGUAUCCGAGUUUAUUGAAUGAACUACACUCUGUCUCAUAAUAUAAAAGUAACCUCAUGCAGUAACUGAUUUUCUUUUUAUUUGGUCGUCUGACCAUCGCCGCUCCAUACAUACUAUUAUGUCCCUGUAUUUUAUAAUAUUCUCAUUUGCCGGGAAACUGUACAAGUUUUGGAAAUCUUGGCUUGCAUUAUUUUAAACUUAAAUAAUUAGAUCAUAUAGAUCUCAAAAUUAAAAUUAAAAAAAAAAAAAAUAAGGUUGCGG